AAAAUAAUGAAAAAUCUGUUUAAUCCUCAAGCAUGACCGUUUAUUGCCAAUAGAAACGUGCACCUCGAGCUAAUCCAUAAAAACAUGUCGCAGCUUACCAAUCAAACCGCGCAUUUUUAUGGCCCUGGUUGAACAAAACAAACGUCGGCAACAUAAAUCAACAUACUUGAAAAAAAUCUAUAACGGGUAGCAAAACUAUUGUUCUUAAAAUAGUGUUUAAAGAUGGUUAUUCUGGCGAACAACUUGAACAAUAACCGGAAAUUAGUCUCCUUUCACGGCAACGCCAACGCCAACAACAACUGCUUGAAAAGGAAUCCUUCUUUUCUGAUUGACAACGAGGUCCACAGUACACUCAGCUACGGUGGAGUUUCUUCUCCGGUAGCUGGGAAAUCCUCGUUUCAAGUGCAGCACGACCGACUGAAGAGACCUCAAAGUGCUGUUCCGACGGGUAGAAAAAGCAGGUCCAGCUUCCAGGAUGAUCAAGUAUGUCUGGCGUGUUUUCACCGGGGCGACAAGAACGAGAACGCGAGCUGUGCUCGGGAGAGAUCGGCGCACAACAAAGCGAUGGAUCGAACUCUAGAACAGUACAACCUGUUCAGAAACAAAGUGUCAGAACAGCAGCAAGAUGAUAGAGACGCACAUAGACGCAAGAUGGAGAUUCUGAAUGCUAAUUUUAACAGAGGAGUGGCUCAAGCGCAGAAGCAGAUCCAGGCACAGAAACCACCAUACCAGAAGAUGUUUCUGCUGCAGCAGAGGCCCCACACAGCCCAAGUGUACAGAGGGGUGAGGGAGCAAUACAGGAGUGAUCUGAGACGACAGAUGAGCGGGGAGAGGAGACGGCGGGAGGGGGAGAGUGAACAGCAGUUCAGACUAGACGCCACUCAACAACAACAACUCAGACGACAGUUGUCUGCUCAGAGAAGGAAUCAAAACUCAAAUGACAUCGAGAAAAAGCAGAAAAUGAAAGAGAGUUUAGACUACCAGGUGCUGACUAAAAUUCCGCAGCUGCCUCUUGCGCCAGACAGACCAGCUGCCAUCUUCUGUCCGGAGGAGGAGUCGGAGACCAGCAAGCGACAGAAGGCGAAGAAGCUGGCAGAGGAGCAGUUGGAUUUGGCCAUUAUGAAGAGACAGAAUGAGUUGAUCGACGAACUCAUGAGCGAAUAUGAGCAGCAGAACAUGCUCAACAGAAACAAAACACAAUUGCGUGAGGAGCACGCGGCUAAGCAGUUACAACGCCAGAAAGUGCAGCAACAUCUGGACAUUGAGUGGCAGCAACAGAUGAUGAUCAAGCAGGCCAGAGACAAGGCAGAGACACUUCACCUACUUAGACCAGGUGGUUCGUGUUUGAUGGAUCAGUGUGCCCAUUAUCCGAAGUGUAGUAAGUGUUUUAAGAGGAUCAACAACAGAGGCAAGAGUAACAUCCUCAAGGACACCUCUGCGUACACGUCUGGAACCAGAUUCAUGAUAUGACAACACGUUAUGACAACAAACCCGACCGAAGAAAAUAACAUAUUGAGCUGCACGGAUUUUAAAUGAUAAUUAUUGAAAUAUUGAAUACUGAAUAAGAAAAUA